AUGGAGGAGGCUUCUCAAUUGGAAAUUGGAGCUGACGGCGUGCUUGGCGAGCUCGCCGGGGAGGACGAGCCUGACGGCGGUCUGGAUCUCGCGCGACGUGAUGGUCGGCUUUUUGUUGUAACGCGCCAGCCGCGACGACUCCACGACGAGCUUCUCGAAGAUGUCGUUGAUGAAGCUGUUCAUUAUCCCCAUGGCCUUGCUCGAGAUCCCGAUGUCUGGGUGAACCUGCUUCAAGACCUUGAAUAUGUAGAUCUUGUACGUCUGUUCUUCACCUUCUUCUUCCGCUUCCCGUCGCCGGCGCCGUCCUUCGAGGUCUUCUUUUCCGCCGCCGUCGACGGCUUCUUCUCGGCCGGCUUCUUCUCCGCCUUGGGGGCCAUUGAUUGA